AUGGUUAACAACGACGGGCCGGUUCGGCUUACGCCGUCGAUGAUCCCUGACUCUCUCAACUUUGAUAUUAAAGACUCAUCAUUUUUUCGUAAAUGGAGUGAGCUACCUUCACCACAAGAUGUCCAAGCCCAAGCCAAAUCUCAACACCUUGCGCGGGCCGGCCCGGAUAGGGAAAUCCACCCAACGGCUUUUCCUGAUCCGAGACCACCCCCUGUAGUACUUGAAGACAUGGACCUCUUUGUCAAGUGGGGCAAAGCAGUGAAGAUUUCCGAGGCUAAGACGCUAUUUGCUCUCCGCCGACUUCUCAACGGCCGUGUCCCUGUACCUGAGGUAUACGGGUGGCGCACUGACGGAGACGUAAAAUACAUCUACAUGGAAUACAUCCGAGGGCAGACACUGGAGCAAGCAUGGGAUAAAUUGGAGCCCGAUGAUCUCGUUAUGAUCUGCCGCGAGCUACGAACAAUAUUUGACAACCUGCGUCGUCUUGAGCAGGACCCUUCAGAUCCGUUCGUGGGAAAUAUUGCACGAGCUCCUCUUUAUGAUAGAGCUUUGGACUCAGAUUACAUACCAACAGAGGGACCAUUCACGACAGCGCGAGAGUUCCAUGAUUGGUUCACAUUUCUCCCCAGAAGACCAAUGCCAGAUCCAUAUUCGGUACCAAUCGAGCCAUAUCGCUAUGAGCUGCCAGACGACUGUGCCAUCAAGUUUACCCACAGUGAUCUCCAUCGCAGUAACAUUAUUAUCACUUCCCAUCGGCCGUAUCGUACACUGGCUAUCGUUGAUUGGGAGCAGUCAGGCUGGUUUCCUGCUUACUGGGAGGCUCGCAAGGCGCAAUAUUCUGUCUCGACGAAAGAAGAAUGGUCCGCGAGGUAUUUGCCGAUGAUUUUAGAUCAGUACGAUGCCACUUGGGGACCAUGGGACUACUAUACUACGUCCUUGGGCUGUUAG